AUGGCGCCAAAGCCUGCCAAAAAAUCGGGAAACCGAUUUGGUGAUCUCGAUGAAUGCCAUCUUUCCGAUCCCCCAGACUCCCCUCCCAUCCUACAGAGUAAAAGAUUUAAACCUUCAAAUAGUACAUUUUCCGACUUUCCAGAAUUGCCCACAAAAACAGUGUACAAAAACCCCCGCUUCAUUCACAUAACCUCUAAAGACAGACCACUAUCAUCUAUCAGUGUGUUUUUAUUAAAAAAAACUAUUGAUUCUAUUAGCACACAAUAUGAAAAGAUCUCCCAGCUUAGAGAUGGAUCAUUAUUGAUUCUUACCAAAGAUCAAAAAAUUGCCGACAGAUUCAUAACCUCUAAAGCUCUCGGCACUAUUUGCCCAUCUGCUGAUAUCAAACUACAUGCCAAUCUUAACCAUUCGAAGGGAAUCGCAUAUGCACCAUGUCUCAUAAAUGUCACCGAAACCGAAAUCGUUAGUGAACUUAAAGCUCAAAAUAUAACCGAUGUCUAUAAAUUCACAAAAAUAAAUCCAGAAGGCAAACGAGUUCCCACGGGACUUAUGAUAUUCACCUUCGAUAUGUUUAAAAUACCUAGCACAAUUGAAAUUGGUUGGUAUAAAACUAAAGUCUCUGAAUAUGUCUCUAACCCCAUGCAAUGCCAACUUCUCGGACACACAAAAAAAUGGUGUAAAAAACCAGCCACCUGCGAAACAUGCAAUCUUCCUCUUCAUGAAGACGAAAAUUGCACGCGCACUUUCUGCGCAAAUUGUGCUGGGCCCCAUCCCGCUUCAUCAAAAAUAUGUCCAAGAUAUGUCCAAAGCAAAGAAAUAAUCGAAAUAAAAACAAAAAACAAAUGCACCUUGGCAGAAGCUAGGCGCAUCCACUCAGAACGCAACCCAAAAAUUCCUUAUUUCUCCUCCGAUCUUUACUCUACAAAACUCCAAAAUGCAACGCUUAAAAAAAACGUUCCUAUUCCAUCCACGUCUUCUUCUAAUUUAUCUCACUCUAGUGAUAAAGAAAAAAUAACUUCCACCAAAACAGUUUUUUCUCCACAAGAGAAAAACUCAACAUAUAACAUACAUAAACAUUUAACACAAAAUGCAAACAUCGAUGAACAAAUUAAUGAUUUCACCUCUCUCAUAAGAGAAAAAUCUCCACCAUCUACCUCAGAAAACCUGCAUAAUCAAACAACACAAAUUACCAACACUCAAAAACUAAUUGCUGAAUCCUCCUCUCCCACGAGAGAAAAUCUUUCAAAAACGUCUAUUCCAAUCUCAAAUGGAAUCAAAUCUAAACCUUCUCUCAUUUUACCACAAUCACAACAAGAAUAUCUCUUAAACAAUACUUCUACACCAUUAUCAUUAAUCAAUAACAUCAAUAACACUCAAAACAAAAUCUCUCUUCAAAAACCCCAUACUCCCACACGAAGCGCAAUGAUCAUAGACGAAAAUGACAGCUCUUAG